UUUCUUCCGGUGCCUCUUUCCUUAAGCGCUUUGGAAGUUUCUUAUGUACACAUGUUAUGUUUGUGCAUGGAGCUCCCAAGUACAAUAGUCCGUGUAAAUAAAACGUAUCUUUUGCCGUUUUUUAAACUCUUUGGAGCGUGGUCUGAGCGGUGUGCGUUGUCUUGUAGCUAAAUACUAAAGAGCAAAGAGGGCGAUUUACUAUGGCUUGUCCGAUAUAUCCAAAGGACACACCGCAGCCCACAGAGGACAUCGAAUUUCAGCAAGUACUGCGUCAAAUUGGAGGUAAAGAGAAUAUAUACUUAGUAAGUGAUACCGUCAAAUCGGAUGAGGAGGACGAAGCCAGUGGGAUAUUAAAGGAAUUCAUUCAGGACAUGUUUCAUAGCGGGCGUACUGAAAACCUUAGCACGAGCCAUACCAACAACAACACUAACGGUCAGAUUUAUUCCUCUCCAAAUAGUCAAGGGGAUACUACAAGCGAAAAUAAUGGGACAUGCGAAACCGUAAACAACUGCAAGAUUUUGCCUCAAGCCCAGGGGAACGAAAUACCUCUGUCAACGAGGCCAAAGGAUUUAGUAUUGAGUGCCAAGUCUAUGGGAGAGGAUAAAGGACCACCGAGGCUCAAUGGGAACGUCCAAAAGACCAAAACCUCAAGCAUGAACAGUUGUAGAGGAAAGCGAGUAAUAGACCAUCCUAUUAUAAUAUUCAUAUUUAGACAGGAGUUUUUCAGUGGCAGUGCAAACGCAAUUUGCCUGAAAGAAAUUCUGAAGGAUGUUAGGUCACGUGCGAAACGUGGCGGUGUCCGCCCAGCACUAGUCGGGUUAAUACGCUCAACAGGUGAGAGCAACGAGACGCGUGAAUCGGUGGUAUUUCUGGAGGGCCUGCUUCGUUCAGUGUUUCGGAAACAUCCACCAGAAGCCAUCUGGGCAGGGCAUUUCAUUCCCAAGACAGAGGAUAGGAUGCUGGCAAUCAAGAAAUACGCCUGCAAAGCCAUCUAUUCGGCCCAAACCUCAGAUAAUUCUGAGGAAAGAGGGAACAUGUUUUUAAGGCAAUUCCAGUGUUUGCCUUGGCGUAGAAGACACAACAGCCAGGCCAACAACACUUCAGCAAACAGGCAAAGAGGUGACGCUGCAAGUGCAGACGAAGGGAUCCCUCUGAAGACUGGUGUUUUGUCCGCUGGACCCCAGGCAGAGUCCGACUGUGGUGUAACCAAAAAGGACAGUCAUGAUGACACUCAUGGGUCAUGAUUUCCCCAUGUCCAACUGUGGACAAUACUCAAACGUUGGUCUCAAGGAACAUUGGUGUCUGUACAAGUCUGCAGUUAAGUUUACAUGUCUGGCACAUUGGCCUAACAAUCGGUCAGAGAAGAGUUGAUACAUUAGCCUGUGAUUAUGAACAAUUUGAAUUUAGCGAUAACUCAAGUUAUGCAACUUAAUACAUUUAGUGUACAUGCGUAUCUGUUACAUAACCAUCCAUGUAUGUUGUCAUGUAAUAUCUGCUUUUGUUGUUACAAAGAGCUCAUCUUGAAUUGUAAAACAACAAUGAAAAAAUGUGUGACCAACAAACACUAUGACCAUUUACUUCAUUCUGUUCGGUAAGUGUGAUGUGAUGCUGUUUUCAAACGAAACACAAUACCUUGCUCUUGUUAAAGCUUUUAGAAUUUAUUUGUUUAUUUAUUUCAUUUUGCUCGACUUCAAUUAACAUUCAGCAACUA